ACGCCCCGGCCGGCAGUCUCUGCUCGGCAUUCUAGCGGCCAGGAACGAUCUGCGAUCCGCGCUGCGGGAAAUGCAUCCCCGUUGCCAUGAGGCCAAUUUAUCAGCAGGAGCAGCCGCUCUUCUAUCAGCGGCCAGCUAAUCUCCGACGCCUACGUCAUCCGCCGGGCACAGUCUACGGUCGCAGUUACUCGCUCGAGGAUCAGCCAGAGGAUGUGAUCCCCGUCUAUCCAAAAUUUAUUUACGGCCCACAACAACAGCAGCAACGAGCUCAGUAUCCACUGUAUCAGCUGGGCGAUUCUCUGAGCUCGCUGGACAGUGAUUUUCCCGACAAUGAUUACGGUGGGCCCUACAUAGUGGAACAGCACGUUCCACUGGCCACCGCACCCACCCCAAAAGUGGUUCAGAACCUUAAUGCCCUAGGCCGAAUGCUAGAGCUGCUGCAGCGCUGUCCUCUUCCGUGUCUCUCCUUCAACACGGCCUGCAUCUGCUCGCUGAUUGUCAUAUUCCUAGCACCGCGUACUUGUGUCCAGAGUUUACUGUUUCCCGCUUUCAGAUUGUUCUGCGGCACCCUGUAUCCGGCCUAUGCCUCCUACAAGGCCGUCAGGACCAAGGAUGUUAAGGAAUAUGUGAAAUGGAUGAUGUACUGGAUUGUCUUUGCAUUUUUCACCUGCAUUGAAACAUUCACGGAUAUAUUUAUCUCCUGGCUGCCAUUCUACUAUGAAGUGAAGGUGACCCUGGUCUUCUGGCUGCUUUCACCGGCCACUAAGGGCAGUUCGACGCUGUACCGGAAAUUCGUACAUCCGAUGUUGACGCGCCACGAACAGGAGAUCGAUGAGUAUGUGAAUCAGGCUAAAGAGCGGGGCUAUUCAGCGGUACUACAACUAGGCUCCAAGGGAGUUAACUAUGCAACCAAUGUCCUCAUGCAGACGGCCAUCAAGGGCGGUGGCAAUCUGGUGCAGACGAUCAAGCGGAGUUAUAGCCUCAGUGAUCUGAGCGAACCCGAUAUGCAUCGCACGCAGGACGAGUUGGACGAUGUCAUGAUGUCCUCAAUGGCCUCGUCGGCUGUUGUCAUGCGUUCGCCUUCAACGGGCACCCGAAUUCUGCGCCCAAGAAAUCAGACUCCUGUGGGUCGAUCUGGAAGCGGCACACGCCACUCCACGGGAAUGUAUUUUACGGAGGUGGAUGUGACCGCUAAGAAUGCGGGCGAUUUCAACUACAACAUUCGCAGCCAGGAUGACAUUAGCUCCGGUUACUCGAGUGCCGAACCCGUAAGCGGACUCAGUCGCACCUCUUCCAUGACGAAUGCUUCCAAGGGUCGCGCCAAGUCCAAACGCAAUGAGCAGUUGCUGAAAGAGAUGAGGGACGAGGUCUACUUUGAGAAUCAGCUGUACUUUCAAAGUGUGCGAGGGGAGAAUUCGGUUCAGGUGGAUCAAGAACUAAAGAUUCUGGAGAGCUAUGAGAGAAUCCCAAAUAAGGAGGUGGUACAGGUGGUGAAGGAGGAGGACAAGGAUGAUGCGGAUGAUGAAUACUUUUUUGAGGCCUUACCAUUGAUAGAGGAAGAGAUUAAUGAAAGUAAAGCUGAAGAACAGUUAUCUUCCCAAGAUGAAAAGAUGAAUUCUAUAAAAGAGGAUGAAUUUGAAGAUGCAUUAGUGGAAGAACCCAAGAAACUUCUUUCGGAAGAAACGGAUGUAAAAGAAGCCAAAAAUUCCUCCGAGGACGUACAUCAGGAGAAGCUACAAAAUCAUACCGCGAAUGGAUCUGCUGUCAAAUCUGAAUCGAAUACCCCUUUACAGGCCCAACCAUAUAUCCAUCCACCCAUAGAUCCCUUUUUGCUGGUAUUAAGCACUUCUGCAUCCGCACCAGAUCCUUUUCAACCCGAACGACCACGUCCAAUGUCGCCGCGCGAGAUGCGGGCUACCUUAGAGGAGAUUAAGCAUAGUUUCCGGGUCCAACUAGAACCAGAGCCCUCCAUAUCAGCCUCACCAUCACCCUCUUUGCGACCCAGGGCCAGUCACGGCAAGGGACGUGCUCCACCUCCACCGCUGCCACCGAAGAGGCACUCGUUGAGUCCCCAACCUGACGCCAUCAGCCAGACAUCGACGGGCAGCGCGGAACGCAAGUCAGGACAAAUCCAUGUCCACUAGCUGCACCACCUUGCCCCGGUCGAGCAGCAGGAAAUCGGACAGAUCACAGGCCGGUGGAAUUGCCACUGGUCAGGCCAAAACGCGCAACAAGUCGGAGAAGUAGUGGAGCAUGGAUUCUUUAGCCACACACCUCCAUCAAUAUCCUGAUUAAGGUGGCAAUGGUGGAAGUACAGAGUAAUCUAUAGAACCAGAACCUCAUGUUUUAGUUUAAAUUGUAACUUAAUACGGAUAUCGAUACAGAUUAUGAUAAUAUUAGCUAUAUAUGCAUAUGCAUUGUGUACUUUGUUUGUGAUUCUAUUAGAGCUCCAGGUGCAGCUCGUCCCUGGUUGCAGUUGGUACUCAUUUUGUGACUAGUUUAGCGUUAAGCGAGUCUUCUAGCCUCUGCCCAAAGGUUCUCCAAACAGCUGUACUACUAACCAAAAAUGAAACCCGAAGAAACCUAUCAAUUCUGUAGCAUAAAUUCCUAAUAUUGUAAUUGAGCAUUAAAUAAAAGAACCUAUACCAUUGAACUGAA